AUUUUUUAGGCAUCUUUCUUACUUUGUUUUAUAUCAUGGCUUUUCAAGGGUCAUGUGACGCUGAAGAGGGGCAGUUCGUUUUAAUUUUUUUUCUCUCCAAUCCGAAACGGAGACGUAAACAGCAACCGGGAUGACGACCAAUCAGCACGCAGUAUACGUCACAGAGCGGGGAAUAAAUUCAGCGCGAAGCCGUCUUCCCACAUUUCUUCUGACUGAAAAGUACCCGUCUCUACGAUGGCCAGAACCAAGCAGACCGCUCGUAAAUCCACUGGUGGAAAAGCCCCCAGGAAGCAGCUCGCAACCAAGGCUGCCCGUAAAAGCGCCCCGGCCACCGGCGGUGUGAAGAAGCCUCACCGCUACAGGCCCGGGACCGUCGCUCUGAGGGAGAUCCGUCGCUACCAGAAGUCCACCGAGCUGCUCAUCCGCAAGCUGCCCUUCCAGCGCCUGGUGAGAGAGAUCGCUCAGGACUUCAAAACCGACCUGCGCUUCCAGAGCUCCGCCGUCAUGGCUCUCCAGGAGGCCAGCGAGGCUUAUCUGGUUGGUCUGUUCGAGGACACCAACCUGUGCGCCAUCCACGCCAAGAGAGUCACCAUCAUGCCCAAAGACAUCCAGCUGGCCCGCCGCAUCCGCGGAGAGCGCGCUUAAGCCCAUGUGAGAAGACCCCAAAACGGCUCUUUUAAGAGCCACCUCAGUGUCUCAUGAGAAAAGCGAUUACCCUGUUAGAUGCAAUUAA